CUUCUUUGUCUACGAGAAUUGAAUCUUCAGAUAGACUGCAUCCUUGAAUGAAGCUAUCAACCCAUUUUCAUGAGAACCGGAGAAGAAGAUAGAAGUCAAAUCUUUAUUCCAAGAGGUCGCUUUUCGAAUUCUGGUGAGUCAACAUCAAGGUUUUUUUAUGAAAGGAGCAGCAUACGUUUCCUCAGACCUGUGCUUAUGGCAAAGCAAAACGAAUGAAAGGCUAAGAUGGCGUCAAUGUAUUGAAAGUGAAAGAAGGAAAAUAAUCGAGUUGUGUCCCUGUUGUAAUGUCUCCAUCAGGUAGCAUAACGUACGUGGAAGCAAAAUUAGUAAAGCUUUAAGAGCAGAUAAUGUUUCAGAAUUGUGUAUCAUAUUGGAUGUGAAAUAUCAUUACAACAGCCACGUGUUUUGUAAAGCCUGACUCAACAGAAGCGUUGAAAGUCUUAACGAUCGUUCAAUGUACAAUUCUUAAGGAAAUCAGCAGAGAAACUUUGGGCUCAACUUCAUUCCAUGAAAAUGUUCCAACCCCCAAAAAGACACGUCUAAAUCUGUAUACAAACGAAGGAAAAAAGGAAGAAAUGAAGUUGUGCUCUUUUGUUCUUGACCAUGAAGUGCGGACCCACAACCCAAAGGUUUUAGACCGUUUUAUGACGAAGACUGACUAUAAUAAAAUAAUUUAUUUCCACGUUUCCAGUUCGCUUACAGUUUGUGGAGGCCGGAGAAUGAGAAAUUUUACAAUUUACAUUUUAGUGUUUUCCUUAAAUGAGAAAAUGAUGAUUCACCGCUCUCAAUGAAUUUUGAAGCUAGAAAUGCCAGGUGGAACAGGCGAAUUCGCUCAAUAGAAGGUCAUAAUUAGCGUCUUCUUGUCUUUCGCACGCUCUUUCCGGGUCAGAGCACUGAAACAGGUUAUGCAACGUGGUCUUUAGUUUCCGAUGUCACAAGAUAAUUUGGUAUUUAACAGUUAUUCGCCGGGAUUAUUCAACAGUAUUCGCUGCUGCUGACACGUCAUUCGACUUGUGCGCCACUCUGACAGGUUGAUAAAAGAAUAGUAAAUCGUUCACCGUUCUCAAUCCAAGGUCCUUUGUCGAAAUUUCUCGGAUUAUGGCAGCUAAAACCCUGAAAAAUUUGUAUCGCUCACAAAUAAUGACGUUCAAAAUUUCCCAGAAGCGGAAGAAAGGAGCAACCGAAAGUUUGGUAUUUAGUGGCUUUGGCUUUCUUCUCAGCCGCUUUUCUCGCAGCUGAGAAGAAAAAUCGACAGGUGGAAAAUUUGCCAUUGGCCGAUUUUGGCCGUGUAACUAGCAAAUUGAAAGUUAUGCCCAUUGUUUGUUUUUGUACUGAUUCAAAGCGUUUUUUCAUCUUGAGCCUUAUCGCCGAAAAUUGCCGACGUGCUUUGCGACUUUUUUUUACGUGGAUUGUGGAUCCUAUGUUUUUAAUUUAUUCAUAAAGUCGACUUUUCUUGCCAGUAAAGGCCUACUGUGUUUAUAUAAAAGACAAUCGAAUACAUGGUUUCUUGCAGAUAUGUAAUCAGCUCUCUUCUUGUGUUCAAAUCGAUAUCUGACUCGUGAGCUAUCGAGUUGAACACUCAAGGAGAAAUUCCAUAUCUUCUCGUGCCCAUGUAUUAUUCUCUAUUUAUCAACCUACAGAAAUGAUAAGGGGAAUUUGCAACCGUAAAGGGAUUCUACAGCUGGCGUUUCAGAGGCAAUCCACUCUUAUGAAUGACUAACGCUCGCAAGGUCAGAUUUAGAACAUCUCUACGGUGGCCAAUUCAUGUCAUUUUAAUUAAUGAAACCAAAUUAUCAUACCAUACUCCCCAUUGACGCAGCAUCAGAGUUUCUUUAGAAACUCGCCCCCUUUAUUCGUUUAUGUUGACAGUCAUAUUUGUUUAAUUAGCCCAGGAAUUUUUAAAGGGUGACGAAACUUAAUUCCAGCGCGACAUACAGGAAUGAAGGAACGGGAGGUCAUCUAACUAUUGAGAGUGAAGGUAAGAACUGAUAGAAAUGUGUGUCCCUGUCAUCGACAGCUGAUCGAUUAUGAUGUUCUUCGAGAGUUAGCAUGGUUGGAUUUCUAAUACAAAUAGAGCCUUUACGAGCUGCAUAUUUAAACUAGCUAAAAGCUGACACAGCGAAGGCGAGGAAAACAAUCAUUCAUUGUGCCAAAUCACAAUGAAGGUUUUUUCUCUCUCUGUUUUAUCAUUUUGUGUCUUUUGUUUGUCUUUGUUUGUUUCGUUUUUCUCUCCUUUUUUAAGGCCCAUAUUUCGGAACAUUUGCUUGCUAAGAAAAAAUCCCACCGCUGCUCAUGGAAAAAAAUCACAACGUACGAGUGAUUGCUUUGAAUUUAUCAGGCGACUUUACGCUGAUAUCUGCAUGAGUUAAUACAAUGAAGGCCUGGUCCAUACGGGCAGGAGAAUGAUGUUGGCUUUUUUUGAUAUGUUUUUUUUUAUGGUAUAUCUUUACCUAUUAGAACAUUUGUCACAUGAUAAUGAGCGGAAGCAUCAGUAGGGUGGAAAAUGGACCAGUCAGGUAUGCACAUAUUUUUACAAAGAAAAUGGCGAAUUCGACACUAAACGUUACUCGCUGCAACAAUCUGUGGAAGACCCGCAUGGGACUACGAACAGCGAGGAAAUACAAAAUAUUGGUAGUUAUCGAUGCCCUAUUUCCAAAAACGGAGAGGAAAACCUGUCCACCUAUCAUCAGUUUGUAGUGAUUAAAACAACUAAUUGGUAUUUUUCGAUCUGAAAGGAUUCAGAAUAAAUUCUCCUGCAAAGGUCGAAAGCAAAGGAUUGUGUAGAGAAGUGUAAAGAGGGUCAAGCUAGGUAUACACCAGUAAAGAUGAUUGUUGAAAUCGAGGGAGAAGGAUCUAUGGGAGAUUUGAUUAAGUUUAUUUGUGAAAAUGAACUUAAAAAUUUUGUUUAGCGAUAAUUGUCAACAUUUCUCAGAAAGGUUGUUUAACCAAUUUAAAAAGCCAAGCCAAGACACGAGACGCCCAAAUUCCACUGCCUUACCAGCCGGCGUUGGUAUCACUGUUGUUUUGUUGGCAUACGUUUGGGCAAAAAAGUGAAAAUAGCUCACCAAAAAAAUAAUCACCAAAUUGUAUAGACUGUGGUCAUCUCUAGUUUACAAAAGCGAUUUAGGAUCGACAGCUGAUCAUUUUUUAACGAAGUUAAUUAAGUCAUUAUUGCUACGGAUUUUCAUCAUGUUGUUUUUCUCCGCUCAUUAGCUACCACUGCUAGUGAAUCAAAGGUCCAUAAGUGAUCUGAUUUGGGCUACUCUCAUUGCUGCCUCUAGGCGCAGCCUUCUUCGCUGGCCUUAUGCACCUGUUCCUUGAACGCCCUUUUCUCGUCUCUCCCUGUGGAUUCCACCUGCCAAAUGCGUCAGGUUACAAAUACCAGAACUACAGCCGAAGUUUUUAAAUAACACCUGUCACCGAACGCUAUUAGUAAAGGCCCAGAAACUGUUGCGUUAAGGCUUUCUCCAAAAUUAUGCGGGGCAUAUAUUUUUUCUGUUCCGCUCCGACUAAAGAACUAUCUCAAAGCACCAUGAAGCAGGGUAGUCACAACUUUCUUGUUAUUAUUAUCUUUACCAACGAACUACCCAAAGGGGCAUUUUGAUCAGUGGAGGUAUAUGCUUGAACUUGUGUUCAAUAAGUCCCCCCCUCCUUAUUGAAUGAACUUUAAUUGCACUUCAGGUCAUCUAAAGACUUCGUUGCCCCAUGAAGAUAAAAAGCAUUAAUCUCCCCUUCAUCGCCUUGCAACUACUAUAUUAAAAUGGAUACUAUCUUUUUUAUUACUAUUAUUUUUCCAAGGCUUCGUAGCAGCACGAAGUAAGAUAUCGCUUUGAUGAACCAAAGUCAGAUGUUAACAUCUCACUUUGCUAUACUAUUUAUUGCAUUAGUUCAUUUUAUUUCUCAUAUACAACUGGCAAUGGAUGAUGUUUCAUCCGAAACAUGUUUUGUUUUCAUUGAAAAAUACAAGAAGAAUGAUUUUCAAAAGCAUCGUGGUGUUCAUCAAACACCAUUUUUCUUAUUGUUAUUUACAAUACUCGGUGUCGGAAGAUACGGAGGAAAAACUCACAAAGGUUAAAAAACGAUUUUCUGAAGGGGAAAAUUUGAUUGAUGAAAACCUGUAAUCCAUUUGGCUGCAUAGGAGGGUCCCAGUGGAGUUUAACAGUCAGCCAUCAAAGGACUUAAAAUAUCAACGUUAGCCGUCAAAAGGAUAUAUGUUUGCCGUCAACCGUCAAAAACUCAAAUCAAUUCCAACCGUCAAACAACUUAAAGAACAUCUCUACUUAAGCCGCCUGCUAACAACAUUUUUAGAAACUUAAGAAUGGUAAAUCAGUCCUACAAAAACAUGCUCAGCCUACUUCAUUUUCACUGAUUUCUGCCUCUAAAGACAGUUUGAAUAAACAUUUUUAUAUUUUACUCAAUAGUUUAACGUUGAAAAAUAGCUGGCUUCAUUUAUAAUUUGUCCUUGUACACGCCUCUACGCACCAUUCCUGCCUUUCGAAAAAAAUCACAACUGAGAUCUCGCUCACUCAAGUGUCUUGAAAACUGUCGUGAAAUGCCUCAUUCGCCAUCAUCUUGAUGACUUUCUCGAGGUCAAAGAUGUUUUUGUCUUUGAUCUAUUAAUUUAAUUAAUUAAUUUGAUUAUUAAUUUAAUAUGCUAAAAAAAGUAGGCGAAGGACUAAUGUUUCAAUCGAGUGAAAGAGAGUCCUAAAAGAGCGCCAGAUACUAACGAAACAAUCCAUUGAAAGAGAAUCCUAAAAAACGCAUGAGAUUCUAACGGACUAACGAAACAAUUUCUAAGAAAGAGAAUAUGAAAAGUGUGCGAGAUAAAUACGUAACAAUCAAACGAAAGGGAAUUCUAAAAAUGCACAAGAUACUAACGUAACAAUCCGAUGAGAGAGAAUCCUGAAAGCCCACGAGAUAUCAACGUAACAAUCUAGUAAAAGAGAAUCCUAAAAGUGCUUGAGAUAUUAACGUAACAAUCCAAUGAAAGAGAAUUGCGAAAAAGCGCAAGACGUUGACGUAGCCAUCCAAUAAAAGAGAAUCUCAAAAGUACUCAAGUUAUUAACGCAAUAAUCCAAUAAAAGACAAUUUAAAAGUGUGCGAGAUACUGACGUAACAUCCAAUGGAAGAAAAUCGUAAAAAUUCGUAAGAUAUACUAUCGUAACAGUCAUUAUUCUUAUGCUGAAAAAGGACACAAUACCUUAAAUAGAGAAUAAUACAUUGGCGCGCGUAGAUAUGGAAUUUCUCUUGGAGUAUUUAACUCGAUACCUCAGAGUGAGCGCAGCGAACGAGUGAGAUGUCGAGUUGAACACGAGAAGAGAAAUUCCAUAUCUACAAGCAACCAUGUAUUAUUUUCUUUAUCAUAUAAACACAAUAGCCCUUUACUGAGAAGAAAAGCCGACUUCAUCAAUGAAUGAAAAUAAAUGAAUCGACAAUCCCCGAAUAACAAUCGUAGAGUGCGUUGGCGCUAACUCUUAAGAUGGAAAAAUGCGUUGAAUCGUGAUUACAAAAACAACAAUGGUCGUAGUUUUCAAUUUACAAAAUUCUCAUUUAUUGACUUUGUCCUUACCGGCAGAAGUCUUUCAGGUGAACGGCCAAAAUCGGCCAGUGACAAAUCUUCCAGUUGUCGAUUUCAUUCUCAGAGAAAUGCUAACACCAAAGCCACUGAAUACGCAACUUUCGGUUUUUCCUUUAGUAUAUUAGUUUUCUUCCCCUUCUAGGAAAGUUUGAACCUCACUGUCCGUCAUCAAUAUGGAUUUUUUAGUGUUUUAGCCACCGUAAUUCGAGGAAGCUCCGACAAACAACUUGCACUCAGAAUCGUGAAGAGUUUGCCGUUUAUUCAUCAACCUGACCGAGUGGCGCCAAAGGCGAGUGACGUGUAAGCAGCUGAUUGGCUAUAUCAACACACGUCAAAAAAAAAUAUCUUAUUUUUUCACGUGUGUUGAUAUUUCCCAACAAAAUGCCUCCAAUCUCUUUUUGGUGACAUUCCCAGAGUCUCUAUUCUUUCCACCUCACUGGUACGAGAUUGGAAGUUGAAUGUCAUGCGCAAGGACUCUUAACGCUAGCGGGGUAAUUUGGAUAUAUGAAUAAAGGGGUAAGUUUCUAAAGAAACUGUGGUGCUGCGUCGGUGGGAGAGUAUAGCAGGUAAUUUAGUGUUAACAACUGGGUUGAAAACGUAAAUUAGCCACCGUAAAGGGUAAAAAAGCUGACGUUUCGAGUGUUAGCCCGAUACAAUCGCUCUGACGAAGGGCUAAUGCUCGAAACGUCAGCUUUUUUACCCUUUACGGUGGCUAAUUUACGUUUUCAACCCAGUUGUUAACACUAAAUUACCUGCUAAUUUGGAUAUAGUUGCAAUGCGGAAAUCCGUGAUUGACGCUUGAUCGUCUAACUUUUCAUCUUCAACGUUAGACACCUUUAUUUCCCCGUGCUGUAUUAGUCACUUUGUGGUAUAUAUCAUAUUCAAGGCUGGGGAAAUUGUACUUUCUAAUUUGACAAUGUGAACUACUUCGUAAGAUUUUCCUUGAAGUCAAGAUCAAGUCAGGCGGAUAUUAUCGAGCUCUUGCAGUCGCUAGUUCACGAGAAAUCGAGUUGGGUCACACAACUUCACAGAUAUCACGAUAUCAAAUCCAUCUGCUUCUACAGUCAGACUUCAGUAAGGCACUAACAUAUGAUUUAAUUGUGUCGGAGAUAAAGUGUGCCAUCAAUAGCAAAGUUUGUAUCAUUAACUGCCGGUUAACGGUCCGUGUUUGUGUAACUAAGUCACUAUCCAGUUGCGUGAUUUUAGAACGUAGUUAAUGAUGGCUCGCAAAUGAAGCAAAUACUUAUAAUUCCUUUAUACCUUUGAAGAUUAAAAUAACACGCAUGGAGCAGACACGAAAGGUACAACCAAGUUCAGAAAUCGACCGUUUGAGCUUGAAAAGGAAUAAACAGCGUUACCCUUAAUGAGAUACAGUUCUAGAGAAGCUGCACUCAAGUUCUGGUUUGGGCAGGAAUUUCGACGUCGGAUUAGCCACAAUUCGGAAUCUGAAAUAAGUCUUUUUAUGUAAAAUCAUAACGUGUUUCUACCAGAACCAAAAGGAAAUACCUACAGUUUUAGCCUAGUCCGAAGUCAACAAAUUCACAUUCCAAAAUUAAGAAUUAAGCAGGAGAGCCAGACACAGUCAAUACUCAAUUUUGCAGCUCCUCAAGCAGAGUUUCUAGCAGAACAUUUGCAGGGAAUUAUGUGCAAUGCAGCCUGUAGUUGGCAAAACUGAACCAUAACUCUGCAGUAAAUAUAAAAUGACAAGGCAUUUCAAAAAAUUUGAUAACACUAAACGAAAAUGGAAACGGUUUUAUCUAAAAAAAGAAUUCCUCGCUUCUGCUGUCAUAAAUGCAAAAUUUCCAAGAAUUCACUAUGCUCCUGUUACCAAUCGGUAUGUACUGCUAGUAAAGUGGUUCUUGAUGAGGGUAAAUGAUCGCCGUAAAACGGCCAAAAAAUAUAUCCGCUAGGCGUAAAAUUGCCAACUUUUAAUCGAUAGUCGUGAAAAAUGUUAACCGUUAAGAAAAUUCCUGGGGAAUAGCCAAAAUUUAAUCGUUAGCCGUAAAAGCCAUCACCCAUGAGACCCUCAAUGAGGCAAACAUGAGAUGUGCGCAUGGUGAUUCGCUUCACAAACGGAUUCCUCUCGUGUACGAUAUCACCUGCACGCAAAAUCUUCCUUUUGAAGAUUUAAAGAAGCCCUAGGAAGACUGUUAAGCUCUUAAUUCGUGUUGAAAUCCAUAUCAACUCCAACGAAUAUUUUGCCACAAUAAAGAAAUCAGCAGACUUAGUUUAGCUAAUUAAGUUUGGCGUCUGAAUGAUUAUUAAUGUCUAAAUUUGGACUGACGGGUUAGUGAUUCCCUUGAGAAAGCACAAAUUUGUUUAUCUCCGAAAAGUUUUUAGCGUGGAUGUGGGCACGAUUCAAAACGACGACCAUUUAGAAAUGCCCUUGCACAUCUUAAGAAAUCAGUUAAAGUUAUCAAAUUAGUGUAUGUGCGAGUAGCGGCAUAAAUGUUGAAUUCCAACCAACGCAUUUAAACGCACCAAAAAUUCUUAUCUUAUAAUUCUCGAGUUUUAUCCCCAGGCCUUUGAAAAUGUCUCGAAAAAGCAGUUCUCGCAAGAAUAUUAAAGGUGGAGGAUGGAAAGGGAAACUUGUCUUCGAGCCUGGAAUAUCGACAUCCUUUUAUCUGACGCAGAGUUCCCUAAUAGAGGAAAUGAGCGAAUUUAAUGGGAUUGACGAGAUCGAGGAACUUCAAAAAAUUUGGCUUUAUAAAAGACCUCUGAAGAAAGGGCAACUUACCCAGUUUAUUUUAAACCAUCAGUUUGUCGUGAUACGUUCGAAGCAUUGGUAUUGGUCCAUCGAGAAACACUGUGACAAAAUUCUCCUUCAAAGGAACAAAAGCUGUAUCAUGGUCAGAGAAUACGAAGAGGGAAUCCUCAGAAACACUCCAGUGGUCGAAAUAAAACAUGGUGGUAGCAAAGGAUCUAUGCAAGAUUUGAUCAAGUUUCUUUAUCGCAAGGACGAGCUAAAGAAAGCAUACCAUUGGAUGGAAGAUAAUUGUAAAGACUUAGCAAAUCGAGUGUUUAAUGAAUUUGUGGUCGAGGGUUCGGUGGGUAGAUCAUGGCAUAUUUGGUGACAUUGACACUUUUAAUGAGUAGCCUCAUAACAGGAAUAACAUUCUUUAGUGUCUAGUUUAAAUGAACCUCUUUUGAACAACACUUUGAACCAACAAUAUUCUUAUCUUUAACUUGGUCUCUUAAAGAUUGUAGGGGUCUUAGCUGCCACCGCAUGACGAUCUGCUGGUUGUGCCCCAUCACCCACCCCCACCCCCAUUGCAACGCUUCUUUGUCGUCGUUUUCGUG